CCCCCUCCUCCCUCCCUCUAUGCUCUCCACGCUUCUCCUCCGCCACCGCCUCGCCGCGCCGACCCGCUCGCCCCUCCGCCUCGCCGCAGCCGCCGCCAUGUCGUCUUCGUCUUCGUCGUCUGCCCACGGCGGGCCGGGGAAGCCGAACCGCCUGGCCGCCGAGCACAGCCCCUACCUGCUGCAGCACGCGCACAAUCCGGUCGAUUGGUAUCCUUGGGGGGAUGAGGCUUUCGAGAAGGCUCGCAAAAUGGACGUACCUAUCUUCCUCUCAAUUGGCUACAGCACAUGCCAUUGGUGUCAUGUAAUGGAGGUGGAGUCUUUUGAGAACGAGGAAGUUGCUAAGAUCCUAAAUGAUUGGUUUGUUAGCAUCAAGGUGGAUCGUGAAGAGCGGCCAGAUGUUGACAAGGUAUAUAUGACAUAUGUGUCGGCACUGUAUGGUGGUGGUGGUUGGCCCUUGAGCGUCUUUUUAUCGCCUAACUUGAAACCGUUGAUGGGUGGUACAUACUUUCCACCAGAUGAUAAAUACGGAAGACCUGGCUUCAAGACUGUUUUAAGGAGGGUCAAGGAAGCCUGGGAAACUAAACGUGAUGCGCUUGAGCAGGCAGGAAAUGUGGUCAUCGAGCAACUUAGAGACGCAUUGUCUGCAAAGGCUACCUCUCAAGAUGUUCCGAAUGAUGUGGCUGUUGUUUAUGUAGACACAUGUGUAGAAAAGUUAGCAAGCAAUUACGACCCGAAAUUUGGUGGAUUUGGCUCUGCUCCCAAGUUCCCAAGACCUGUUGAAGAUUGUAUAAUGCUCUAUAAAUUUCGAAAGCACAUGGAAGCUAGGCGGGAGAGUGAAGGUCAAAACAUACUGAAGAUGGUAACUCAUACAUUGCAAUGCAUGGCUAGAGGUGGAGUUCAUGACCAUGUUGGAGGUGGCUUUCAUAGAUAUAGUGUGGACGAGUGCUGGCAUGUUCCACAUUUUGAGAAGAUGUUGUAUGACCAGGGACAGAUAGCCAAUGUAUACUUGGAUACAUUUCUUAUCACGGGAGAUGAGUGUUAUUCUUCAGUUGCACGUGAUAUACUUGAUUACUUGCGGAGAGACAUGAUUGGAGAAGAAGGUGAAAUUUUCUCAGCAGAAGAUGCUGAUAGUUCAGAAUAUGAAGGUGCUCCAAGAAAAAAAGAGGGAUCCUUUUAUGUGUGGACAAGUAAAGAGAUCGAAGACACGCUUGGGGAGGAUGCGGAGCUAUUCAAGAACCACUACUAUGUUAAAUCGUCUGGCAAUUGUGACCUUUCAGGGAUGAGUGAUCCUCACAACGAGUUCAGUGGUAAAAAUGUGUUAAUAGAAAGAAAACCGGGUUCCUUGGUAGCAUCGAAGUCUGGCAAGUCUGUUGAUGAAUAUUCUCAAAUCCUGGGGGAUUGCAGGCAGAAACUGUUUGAUGUCCGAUCAAAAAGGCCAAGACCACAUUUGGAUGACAAGGUUAUUGUUUCAUGGAAUGGGUUAGCAAUAUCUGCCUUUGCAAGAGCCUCACAAAUUCUGAAGUCAGGAUCGAUUGGGACAAGGUUCUAUUUUCCAGUAACAGGAUGCCAUCCAAUAGAAUAUCUUCAAGUUGCAGAAAAGGCAGCAACCUUUAUAAAACAAAAGCUGUAUGAUGCAAGCUCAAAAAGGCUGCAUCAUAGUUAUCGAAAUGGCCCAGCAAAAGCACCAGGAUUUUUAGAUGAUUAUGCUUUUCUAAUCAAUGGCUUGCUGGAUAUCUAUGAAUAUGGUGGUAAGACAGAGUGGCUUCUGUGGGCUGUCCAGCUGCAAGUCAUUCAGGAUCAGUUGUUCUUGGACAGACAAGGGGGUGGCUAUUUCAAUACUCCUGGAGAAGACCCUUCUGUUCUUUUGCGUGUUAAAGAAGAUUAUGAUGGUGCAGAACCCUCUGGAAACUCGAUGGCAGCUAUCAACUUGAUCAGAUUGUCAAGUAUAUUUGAUGCUGCAAAAUCUGAAGGUUACAAACGUAACGUUGAACAUCUCUUGGCGGUUUUUGAGACGAGACUGAGGGAACUUGGUAUAGCGUUGCCAUUGAUGUGCUGCGCAGCAGACAUGCUCUCUGUCCCGUCAAGGAAGCAAGUAGUGCUGGUGGGGGAUAAAGGAUCCACAGAAUUUCAAGACAUGGUUGCAGCUACAUUCUCGUCAUACGACCCGAACAGAACUGUGAUCCAGAUAGACCCCAGGAACACGGAAGAAAUGGGAUUCUGGGAGAGCAACAACGCCAACAUCGCUCAGAUGGCACGGAGCAGCCCACCGGAGAAGCUAGUGGUGGCGCAUGUGUGCCAGGACUUCAAGUGCAGCCCUCCAGUGACCUCUCCAGGAGCGCUGCGUGAGCUGCUCAACAAGACGGUGGCUACUGCUGGUUCAUCUGUCUGAGGCUCACACUACUAACAGUUGAGAAACCUCUUGAGCCCGUUGGCUUGUAAAUAGAUGUUUCCAAUAAAGGACAAAGCUAUGUUAUGUCCAUGUGUUCUAUACGCCCAUCUUAUGUCCAUGCACUUCAUAUGUGUUCUAUACGCUCUGAACAACGAACAUGCACUAGAAACUGGAGUUGUUCUCUGUUUUUUUUUUUGAAAGGGAAUUGUUAUGUGUUGAAUCCUUGUUACAUGCGGGUAUACUAGUAUACAAGAAUAAGUGGGCAA